AUGUUCGGGGUGUUCGGCCUCUGGAAGACCUUCGCCAGCGUCGUCUUCUACCUGACUCUCGUCAUCGGCCUCGGCGGGCUGGCGGGCAACGGGCUGGUGCUCUGGAACCUCGGCCUGCACAUCAGGAAGGGGCCCUUCUCCGUCUACCUGCUGCACCUGGCCGCCGCGGACUUCCUGUUCCUCUGCUGCCAGGUGGGCUUCUCCGUGGCCGAGGCCGCCCUGGGCUCCCAGGACACGCUCUACUUCGUGAUCACCUUCCUGGGCUUUGCGGCGGGGCUGUGGCUGCUGGCGGCCUUCAGCGCCGAGCGCUGCCUCUCCCACAUCUUCCCCGCCUGCUACCAGCGCUGCCGGCCCAGACACGCCUCGGCCGCCCUGUGCGCCCUGGCCUGGGCGCUGACCCUGCCGGCCGUGCUGGUGCCCGCCCACGCCUGUGGCCUGCUGCGCGCCCGCGCGCACCCGCUGGCCUGCCUGCGGUACCACGCAGCCAGCGUCACCUGGCUCCUGGCACUGGUCUGUGUGGCCUGCACGGCCGGCCUGGUCCUCUUCCUCUGGGUGGCCUGCUGCUCCCAGCGCCAGCGCCCCAGGUUCUACGGCAUCGCGCUGGGCGCGGUGCUCCUGUUCCUCUUCUGCGGCCUGCCCUUCGUCCUCUACUGGAGCCUGCGGCCCCUCCUGAACUUCCUGCUGCCCAUGUUCCCCCCGCUGGCCGCCCUCCUGGCCUGCGUCAACAGCAGCUCCAAGCCGCUCAUCUACUUCGUGAUGGGCCGGCAGCCCGGGAAACGGGAGCCGCUGCUGGCCGUCCUGCAGCGGGCGCUGGGGGAGGCGGCUGCGCCGGCUGUGGGGGGGCUGUCGCUGCCCCUGGGCUCCGUAUAG